UGCGGGGCUGUGGCUCCAGGCACCCCUCCCCCGCCGCGGUCGGCAGGCCUUUCCCGGGAGAAGAUGGCGGAUCGGGCGGAGAUGUUUUCUCUUUCCACCUUUCACUCGCUGUCGCCGCCAGGCUGCAGGCCUCCUCAGGACAUAAGCCUGGAAGAAUUUGACGAUGAGGAUCUGUCCGAGAUCACCGAUGACUGUGGUCUGGGCCUCAGCUAUGACUCGGACCACUGCGAGAAGGACAGCCUUUCCCUAGGGCGUUCGGAGCAGCCGCACCCCAUCUGCUCCUUCCAGGAUGACUUUCAGGAGUUUGAGAUGAUUGAUGACAAUGAAGAGGAGGAGGAAGAGGAGGAGGAGGAGGAGGAAGAGGAGGAAGGAGAAGGGGAGGGCAUGGAGGGAGGAGGGCCCGGCUCAGAGACCGCUGCUCUGGAGCCCCUGAUCCCCUCCCCCUCCCUGGAGGAGCCCCACAAGCACCGGCCCACCACGCUCCACCUGACAACCCUGGGAGCCCAGGACUCCCUGAACAACAACGGAGGGUUCGCCCCAGCGCCUCCAGACUCCUGGCAGGAGACAGUGCUGUGCCCACCCCCCCAGGAGCCCCUCAGAGACCCGCCCGUCCCCAUCCCGCCCACGGACAUGAGCCCCUGUGGGGCACAGCCUCCUGUGCGCCCAGAUUGCGACCUGGAAGGAAACCAGCCCGCGGGCUCCCCGGCCCAAGGCGGGGCCUCGCCCUCCUCGGAUCCAGGCAUCGAGGCCGACCUGGGGAGCGGCUCCAGCACAGGCCGUGGGGGCCGGCGAAGCAGCCAGGAGCUGUCCUCGCCCGGCUCCGACUCUGAGGACGUGGCGGGCGCGCGCCUGGGCCGCAUGAUCUCGUCCAUCUCCGAGACGGAGCUGGAGCGGAGUAGCGACGACGGCAGCAGCAGCAGCGGCCGCUCCUCACACCUCACCAACUCCAUCGAGGAGGCCUCGUCACCGGCUUCCGAGCCGGAGCCGGAGCCUCCGGGCGAGCCCCCGCGCCGCCCCGCCUUCCUGCCCGUGGGGCCCGACGACACCAACAGCGAGUACGAGUCCGGGUCCGAAUCGGAGCCGGACCUCAGCGAGGACGCUGACUCGCCCUGGCUGCUCAGCAACCUCGUGAGCCGCAUGAUCUCCGAGGGCUCCUCGCCCAUCCUCUGCCCCGGCCAGUGCCUGUCUCCCGCCGCGCGCCCUGCGGGGGAGCCCGAGGCAACGGCCAGCGGAGCCCCCGGUGCGCCCGAGCCGGCCGCCGGGCCCGGCGGCGGCGGCGGCGGCGGCGACGUGGAGCUGGUGGACAUGGAGACGCUGUGUGGGCCGCCGCCCCCCGCGCCCCCGGCGCCUCGGCCCGGCGCUGCGCAGCCGGGGCCCUGCCUCUUCCUCAGCAACCCGACGCGGGACACCAUCACCCCGCUGUGGGCUGCUCCGGGCCGCGCGGCCCGCCCCGGCCGCCCCUGCUCGGCGGCCUGCUCGGAGGAGGAGGACGACGACGACGACGAGGAGGACGACGAGGAGGAGGAAGCUGAGGACAAGGCCGGCCCUCCCGGGGGCAGGGGCGCAGGCCCUGCGGCGCUGGACGCCUCGCUUGUGUACGACGCGGUCAAGUACACGCUCGUGGUGGAUGAGCACACGCAGCUGGAGCUGGUGAGCCUGCGGCGCUGCGCCGGCCUGGGCGACGACAGCGAGGAAGACAGCGGCGGCGAGGCCAGCGAGGAGGAGGCGGGCGCGGAACUCCUGGGUGGUGGACAGAGAGCCGAGGACACCUCCCCAGACAGCCCGGACCUCACCUUCUCCAAGAAGUUCCUCAAUGUCUUUGUCAACAGCACCUCUCGAUCUUCCAGCACCGAGUCUUUUGGCCUUUUUUCCUGCCUGGUCAACGGCGAGGAGAGAGAGCAAACCCAUCGGGCCGUCUUCAGGUUCAUUCCCCGCCAUCCGGACGAGCUGGAGCUGGAUGUGGAUGACCCGGUGCUCGUGGAGGCUGAGGAGGAUGACUUCUGGUUCCGAGGCUUCAACAUGCGCACAGGGGAGCGAGGUGUCUUUCCUGCCUUCUACGCCCACGCGGUGCCCGGCCCGGCCAAGGACCUGCUGGGGAGCAAGCGGGGUCCCUGCUGGGUGGAGCGCUUCGACGUCCAGUUCCUGGGCUCCGUGGAGGUACCCUGUCACCAGGGCAACGGUAUCCUCUGUGCAGCCAUGCAGAAGAUUGCCACUGCCCGGAAACUGACUGUCCACCUGCGUCCUCCUGCCUCCUGUGACCUUGAGAUUUCUCUUCGGGGGGUCAAGCUGAGUCUAAGUGGAGGACCCGAGUUCCAGCACUGCAGCCACUUCUUCCAGAUGAAGAACAUCUCGUUCUGUGGCUGCCACCCCCGCAACAGCUGUUAUUUUGGCUUCAUCACCAAACACCCUCUGCUGAGCCGCUUUGCCUGCCACGUCUUUGUCUCCCAGGAGUCCAUGAGGCCUGUGGCCCAGAGCGUGGGCCGCGCCUUCCUGGAGUACUACCAGGAGCACCUGGAGUACGCCUGCCCCACAGAGGACAUCUACCUGGAGUAGCUGCCCGCCACUCCCCUGCUCCAGGAGCAGCUGGGCUGGGAGUGUCUCAGGAGGCCCCCUCAGCUUUGGCAAGGACUGGACCGGGGGCACAUGGGACCUGACAUCCAGGGGGUCUCCGGGCUGUGCUGGGAAGCCUCCUCCUUGCUCCCCAGAGGCUGUUGAAGAGUGGAGCCUGCACCUCCGCUUCCCCCGAUCCAUUCUCUCUGUGUCACCCCGGCCGCCCUCCUCUCUCCUCCUGUCUGUCUCUGCUCCUCUGUGCCUGCAAACUCUCGUCCUCUGCUCUUUACUUUGGGGUCAGAAUUGGGAAGCUCCCACGUGACCCCCACUUGCUCUUCCCCCUGGGAUUUAUAAAGGAAUUUUAAUUUUUAUAGUGACUAUCAAGGGAUCAUCCCAUCUUCGAGCUUAGGGACAAAGAGAGCCCCCCAUACUGCCUCACUUGGAGCUCGGGGAUGCAGGGAGGGGCUCCCCAGAAGGGCCUGGGGGAGACGAGGAGUAGUUGAUGCUCACCCCAAGCCCCCAGACUGCUAGGAGGAGGGUGCCCUGCCGGGGCCCCGGCCACACCAGCAUCUGCUUUGCCGCUGCAAACACUUCCCACAGUCCAGCACCUCAAUAAACUCUCUGCUU